CGCCCCGGUCGGUUGGUUGGGCCAGGGGAAGGCGACGCCCGCCAUGAGCUCGUCGGCGCUGUUGGCUGAGGGGCCCCUGGACCCCCCGGUGCUGCUGGCCGACAUCAAGACGGAGCCCCCCGAGGAGCUGCUGGCCAGCGACUGCAGCCAGCCCCAGGCCGAGCCCGUCGAUCUCUCCCUCAAUAAAUCCAAGGUGGCUCCGGCCUCGGCCCCGCCGCCACCGCCCCCCACCUCGGCGCAGUCGUCCCCCAUGCUGGUGGCUCCCCCGCUCCCCGCUCCCAGCACCGUGUCCAUCCCGCCCUCCGGCCUCAGCUCCACCUCGGCCAUCCCGGCCGUGCUCUCGCCCGGCUCCAUCCUGGCCUCCACGCAGGGCAGCGGCGGGCAGCAGAUCCUCCACGUCAUCCACACCAUCCCCUCCGUCAACCUGCCCAGCAAGAUGGGCAACCUGCAGACCAUCCCCGUGGUGGUGCAGUCCCUCCCCGUCGUCUACACCACCGUGCCCACGGACGGCGUCACCGCCAUUACCGUGCCCCUCAUCGGGGGGGACGGCAAGAACGCUGGCUCUGCUUUCCUUUCCCGGACCCCCCCAGUGAAAAUGGACCCUGGCUCCGUGUACCCCAUGGACAUGAACAGCGACAGCGAGGACAGCGCUUCCGAGAGCGGCCCAGCGCCCUUCCAGGACCUGCAGAGAGAGCCGGCGCCGCGGGGGCCCAGAGCCGAUUCCCCGGACCUGAAGAAGCGGCGCAUCCACCAGUGCGACUUCGAGGGCUGCAAUAAGGUCUACACCAAAAGCUCCCACCUCAAAGCCCACCGGAGGAUACACACAGGCGAGAAGCCCUACAAGUGCACGUGGGAAGGCUGCACCUGGAAAUUCGCCCGCUCGGACGAGCUCACCCGGCACUUCCGCAAGCACACGGGCAUCAAACCCUUCCGCUGCUCGGACUGCGACCGCAGCUUCUCCCGCUCCGACCACCUGGCCCUGCACCGCCGGCGGCACGUCAUGAUGUGAUCGCUGGGAGGCGGCUCCUCCUCCCUCCCUCUCUCCCUCCCUCCCUCUCUCCGCCCAUCCGCACCCCUCGGGGCGGGGACUGAGCCGUGCCCGCUGCAGGAGCCCCGCCGGCGCGGCGUGGGACGGCAAACAAUGGAUUCUGGACUGCUGCCCCUUCCCUCUUGUCCCCAGCUGUUUUUAUUCCUGGGUUUGUCCUCGCCUGGAGGCUCCUUGACUCCUCACCUGGAAUUCACCCAGCAGCUGUGCAGCCUCCUGCCCCUUGUUGUCCCUCCCAGUGCCCGGGGGCAAAAUCUGGGAGCCGUGGCAAGGAUGGGGGGGCAGGGGGUGAUGGGCACCCCCCUCUCCGUCUCCAGACUGUCCCAGCAGGGGAAGGGACAUCAGCUCUCUGUGUGUCCCUCAGCACGUGCUGGGGGCACGGGGAGCCGGCAGGAAAAGAGGAAUCGAGGAAGGGGCAAACACAACCUGACAGUGACCCACAAACCAGACCAUCGCCACCACAAAAAGGGAAACUUUGUGGAACAUGGAACUUUUAUUUUAUGGAAUUUACGAGGGGGUGGGACAGG